AUGUUAAAGGCCCGGCAACGCGCCUGUGACUCCUCUGGUGUUUGCAGGUGUUCAUGGGCGGCACUGAUCACUUCAUCAUCAUCAUCAUCAUCAGCCUAUAAGUGCCAACUGCUGAGCAAAGGCCUUUUCUCAAACGGAGAAGGCUUGAGCAUUAAUCACUACGCUUGCCCAAUGCGGGUAACAUGCUUCUCCAGCUUAGUACCUUCAGCGCUAGCCUUCCACUUGUUGGCUGCAAAAGCAGCAGCAUCAGAUGCAGCCCAAGAGAUUGCAGCUAUAAGCAUGGACACUUUGUCAACUAAAAAAGCAGUUCUGGCGAAAGCAGCUGCCGACAUGAUCUCUGUCAUUGCACAAGGAAUUGGUUCCAAAAGUUCAAUAAUCGCAACAGCAGCGGCGUCCAUGGCAGGAGCGGUGCUCAACGGCACCUUAUCUAUUGGGGCUGCACUCGCUAGAGCCGGCUUCAAUAUAAUAGCAGCUAAGUUAAGCAGCGCGCCAACCGUAGUUGUUGAAUCUCCUUCCAUAGUUGUCAAGCCGCCUGUUAUUGAGGAAACCAUUGUCGAGGAGGUGGUCCAACCCCCUCAACCUCCAGCACUGGUUGAAUGUGAUAAACCAAAAGUUGUCGAAGUGCCCUACCCAUACAGGAUUACACCAUUCGGUUCUGUGUCAGUGGACGUCAAGCCUAAGGUUGUUGACCUCUCACCACCACCACGGGUCUCUGAAUGGACCGUCGAAGAUAGACCGGCUUUUGAAAUCAUUGCUCCUGCCGACUCUCCUUAUAUUUACGAACCACAACAAUUACAGUUCACAGUCCAAUUUGGUAGUAUCGUAGCGAGCAGCGAAACAAUAACUAUAACGAUGUCUCGACUCACGAUUUUCUUUGUUAUCGCUGUGGCGUACGGAGUCGUUGCAGACGGUAAAGUAGCAGACUCACGUGCCGAGCAAUCCGGCAUCAUCUCGCCUGUGAUUGCGCACGGCGGUCUCGGAUAUGGCGGUUACGCCGGUGGACUCGCCGGCGCUGGCCUCGCAGGCGCCGCGCUCGCUGGAGGCGCUGGUCUCAUCGGUGGCCCUGCAGUCAUUGCUGGUGGCCCAGCUUUCGGAUCUGGUGCAGCAUUGAACAACGCAGCAGCCGUUGGUGCAGCUCAACUGAGCGCCAUCCAGAACGCACAAGCUGUCCAAGCUGCACAGAUCGCUAACUCAGCUGCUGCUGCCAUCCAAGGAGCGCGUGUCACUGAGGCAGCCGCCCGAGCUGGACAGGCUCACGCUAUCAACAACGCUGCCGCUUUAGACGCAGCCCGUGUCGCUAACAUCCAGCGCGCUCAGGCCGCGGCUUGGGAGAACGCCAGAGCCGCAGAAGCCGCCAGACGUGCUGGUGCUGGAGCUGCUCUGGAAGCUGCACGAGCUGCCGAGGCUGCGCGUUUGGCUGAUGCCGCGCGUGUCCAAGCCAUCGCUAUCGCCAACACUCGCGCUGUAGAAGCCGCCCGUAUCGCCAACGCUGCUCGUGCUCAGGCCGCCGCGGUCGCCACCAGCGCUGCGCAGGCGCAGGCUGUAGCUGACGCUGUCGCUAGAAACGCCCAGGACGGCGCUUUGUUGUUGGGCGGUGGUGGCGGUCUCGUCGGAGGCGGUGCCGUGCUCGCCGCGCCCGCUGUCGCUGUCGGAGGACUCGGAGGCUACGGACUUGGACUCGGAGGUCUCGGCGGUCUCGGCUACGCGACUGGCUACGGCUACGGUGCAGGUUACGGAGGUCUUGGCUACGGAGCUGGAAAACUGAUCCACCACUAG